AUGGCUGAUAAUACACCCGUCGAUGUCAUCCAGUCUCAUCAAGACGAUGAUCGGGACUCGGUAGCGGAUUCCAAGCACGAGCAUGACAUUUCUGCUCCUGUAGAACCCCAGACCGACCCCGAUGAGAAAUAUACGCGCGAUGUCCCACCAGACGGCGGAUAUGGCUGGGUCUGCGUUGCAUGUGUCUUCUGGAUCAAUGCGCAUACCUGGGGAAUCAACAGCAGCUAUGGUGUCUUCCUCAGUUACUAUCUUUCUCAUAACGUCUUCCCCAACACAACAGCCCUCUCCUACGCUUUCACUGGCGGUCUCAGCAUAUCCUGUGCCCUCCUCGUGGCUCCGCUAGCUACCUGGCUCAUCCAAGUCUUCGGCACCCGACUGGUCGUCAACCUCGGCGUCUUUUUCGAAACUCUCUCCCUCAUCGGCUCAUCCUUUGCCACUCAGAAAUGGCACAUCUUCCUCAGCCAAGGCGUCUGCUUUGGCUGGGGCAUGGGCUUCCUCUUCGUCGGGAGCGUGGGCAUUGCUCCACAGUGGUUUUUGAAACGUCGCAGCUUUGCAAUGAGUAUCACCGCGGCGGGAUCUGGGGUUGGCGGAUUGAUGUACUCGCUAGCCGUGGGUGCGAUUAUCCCACGUCUAGGUCUGGGCUGGGCAUUCCGCAUCUUGGGUAUCAUCUCGUGCGUUGUUAACCUGGUCUGUGGCAAUCUCCUUCGAGACCGGAACAAGUUGGUUGGAAGUCGUUUGACGGCGUUUCAUUUCCCGCUGCUGCGUCGGCCCGAGUUUCUGCUUUUCCUAGGUUGGGGUGUCUUCAGCAUGCUGGGAUAUGUGGCCCUGCUGUUCAGUGUGGCCAACUUUGCGCUCUCCGUCGGACUGACGCCGCAUCAGGGGAGUAUCGUUUCCGCUCUCUUGAACCUCGGACAGGGUCUCGGCCGUCCAAUUGUCGGCAUGUUCAGUGAUCGUCUUGGUCGGAUUAAUAUUGCCACUGUCCUCACCUUCGUGUGUGGACUGUUUUGCCUGGUCAUUUGGAUUUUCGCUGAUAGCAUGGGCGUCGUAUGCUUCUUCGUCGUGCUGGUAGGAACUGUCUCCGGAACCUACUGGGCCACUGUCUCGCCCGUCUUGGCCGAGAUUAUCGGUCUGAGAGACCUGCCUUCUGGAUUGAGUAUUACUUGGCUCACUCUCGUUGCACCGUGUACUGUCUCUGAGGCGAUUGCCCUUGAACUGCGCACCACCAAGGUAGGUGGGGGCGUUUCGUACCUCCAUAUUCAAAUUUUCACCGGGUUUGUAUAUAUCGGGGCUUCGCUGUGUCUCUGGGUUGUUCGGGGCUGGAAGGUGGGAGAGCUCGAGCGGGCGCAGCAACGGCGUGAAUUUGUUGCUCGUGAAGAGGCUCUCACGAAUGCGGAGAACUCUGACGGGGAAAAGCAGGAUUCUCCUGCAGCUAUUGCAUUUACGACUUCAUCUGAUGGCGCAACUGAUGCGCAGAUUUGGGCUCCUUUCAGCCUGAUGCGCAGAAUGGUUGCCCUCAAGCGUGUCUAA